CAUACGCCGCCGAUACGCGUGACACGCUCGCGACACGCGACUCAUUUUUCACCGUUUCGAAAAGAUCGUCGAUUUUUUUUUUGAAUUUUCCCGGAGAUAAUUCUUGAUGCGUUUCGGUGUUUUGUAGAUUGGGAUGCGUUACGUUGGUUACGCGACGCGAUGUUCGGGUGACGGAACGGCCGGAGCCCGGUCUUAUUUGUGACCGGACUGAUUUUUGACUGUUUUGGACGGCCGAUUCGAUUGUGUGGGAGGAUUUCGUGUGAGUGGUUUUAUGAGUGGACCAAAUAAGUCAGUACGGUUCGUGUGGAUUGUGCAGUGUUUUGGUACGUACCGGUUUCUGGAUCACUUCGGUUUUUGGUUUUAAAGAUCAGAGAAGGUGCCGUUCGAAGUCUUGGGUCCUGCGCCAGCCUCCCAAAUAUGGGCGGAUGAAAUACUCCUCUGUGAUGAUACCAGAAAUGACAGGACCGAAUUAAGAGAAGCAACUUCCACGUCCACGGCAUGUUCCCGACCUAAGCGAUGGCGGCGCGAGGCAGAGGAUUGCAUCUGUUGCUGGUGGCGGCGGCGAUAUGCACGUGCCGCUGCGACAGUUCGUACAUGAAGAACGCGAAGAUCAGCACGCGCAUCGUGCAGACGCGUUACGGCCGGUUGCAGGGUCUGAUCGUGCCGAUGGACUCGCACCGGUUCCUGAAGCCGAUCGAGGUGUUCCUGGGCGUACCGUACGCCACGCCGCCCGUCAAGUCGAACAGGUUCAGUCCGACGAGGACGCCCAGCCCGUGGGAGGGCGUGAGGGUGUCGGACAAGUUGGGGCCGGUGUGUCCGCAGAAACUGCCCGACAUAGCGAACGAAACGGCGGCGCUGGAGCGGAUGCCGAAGGGCCGGUUGGAGUAUUUGAAGCGGCUGCUGCCCUAUUUGAGGAACCAGAGUGAGGACUGCUUGUAUUUGAACAUUUACGCACCAACACAAGUGUCCACGGAAACUCGUCAUCCUGUGAUAGUCUACAUUCAUGGGGAGUCGUUCGAAUGGAAUUCGGGGAAUCCCUACGACGGCAGCGUGUUGGCCUCGUACGCCGAUCUGGUCGUGGUCACGUUAAAUUAUAGAUUAGGAAUUUUAGGUUUUCUAAACGCCAACCCCGCACCCCAUCUCAAAGCCCGAGUGGCCAACUACGGGCUGAUGGACCAGAUAGCGGCCCUGCACUGGAUCCAACAAAACAUUGCCCUAUUUGGCGGUGACCCCAACAACGUGACCAUGGCAGGUCACGGCUCCGGGGCCGCCUGUAUCAACUUCCUCAUGAUCUCCCCCACCGUGAUGCCUGGACUGUUUCACCGCACCAUCUUGCUGUCCGGCUCGGCCCUCUCCUCCUGGGCUUUGGUUGAGGAUCCGGUCAAUUACGCCGUCAAGUUGGCCAAGGAGGUUAAUUGCACGAUACCGGAGGACGUGGGCAAGGACCACGAGAUCAUAGUGGACUGUCUCAGAGAGACCCCACUGGAGGACAUACUACAAGCUGAGGUGGUACCCCCGGCUUAUUUAAGCGCUUUCGGGCCGAGUGUCGAUGGGGUGGUGAUCAAGGCGGACUUCGCCAAGGAGCUGGUCACCUACUUCAAGCCGUCCGACUUGCAGAACUUCGUCGGGGCGGUGAACGCCAACAUGAAGCGAAGCGAGGCCACUCUGGUGCCUCGCGGCAACAACCCCUACGACCUACUCUUCGGAGUUGUAACCAGUGAGGCUUUGUGGAGGUUUUCGUCCAACGACAUCCAACAAGGCUUCGAAGGCGACCGAAGGGACAAGAUAAUAAGGACUUAUGUGCGUAACGCGUACACCUAUCACCUCAGCGAGAUCUUCUUCACCGUCGUGAACGAGUACACGGACUGGGAACGUACGGUGCAGCAUCCCAUAAACACUAGGGAUGCCGCAGUGGCAGCUCUGAGUGACGCCCAGUUCGUUGCUCCGUUAGUGCAAACCGGUGAUUUGUUGAGUGCCAAAACUCCACAACCGGGACAAGAGCCUAGCCUGGCCAAGACGUUCUUUUACGUCUUCGACUACCAAACCAAAGACGGCGACUACCCUCAGAGGAUGGGCACGGUGCACGGCGAAGAGCUGCCCUACUUGUUCGGCGCCCCCCUGGUCGACGGCUUCAAUCACUUUCCGAAAAAUUACACCAGAACUGAAAUAUCAUUAUCCGAGUCCUUCAUGAUAUACAUCUCGAAUUUCGCCCGUACCGGGAAUCCGAACGAGCACCACAAGCAGGAGCCGACGUUGGCGGCGUCGAGGGAGAGGAACAGGUUCAAGUCGAUCCUGUGGGACGAGUACGAUUCGACGCAUCAAAAAUAUCUCGAAAUCAGCAUGAAGCCGCGCAUGAAAAACCACUUCAGAGCCCACCAACUGAGCGUGUGGCUGCGCCUGAUCCCGGAGCUCCACCGUGCCGGCAUGGAGGACGUGGUGGCCCGUCACAACCUCUUCCGCAACCACAACAACGCCGACCUCUACGACGGGGCAGUCCGACCUGACCCACUGUCGAGGGUCAGCUACUACGACCCAACCAUGGAGCUGUUCAGGCGACGUCCCAACGCCAGCAUCAACAGCCUGGACUCCCCAACAACCGUUGACACCAUCGUCACAACUUGCGUCAACGUUGUCUCGUCCGGCAACUACAACUCGCAGGUCUACCCGAACCAGAACGCCUCCACGGACACGUUGGCGAGCCUGGAGGCUGCCGGCUACGCAGCUUACAGUACCGCUCUAAGCGUCACCAUAGCAAUCGGCUGCUCCUUGUUGAUCCUCAACGUGUUGAUAUUUGCCGGGGUCUAUUACCAAAGAGAUAAGACGAGGAUGGAGGUGAAAAACCUCCAGGAGCAACAAAGCAGAAACCAGGCAACCUUCGAAACAAUCUCCAAACACCAGCACUACCACCUGGGCCACUCGCAGAGCACCAACGUAAUCGUAGACGUAGAACAAGACACAUCAGCAAUGAUCCUGGCGGCGAACGCCCAACAAGACUUGCACGCCAUGAACAAGGUCCAGCAACACCUGUGCCCCACCAGCAUAUCCAACACCCUGAAGGCUCCGCCUCCAAGCCCCAACGUCAUGAUGCAGAACUGCAUGACGCUGCCCAAAAACGCCUCCGCCCACAUGCAGCAAAUGCAACACAUGCAACAGAUGCACAACUACGGACAGGGAUGCAUGACGUUGCCCAAGAACGCCACGCUGAUGAACAACACCGCUUGCAUUAUCGCCGAGAUGCAGCAGCAGGGAAUCGUACAGCCGCCGAACGGUAACGCUAUACCGAUGAGUGUGCCCAAGCCUCCGCCACCUCCGAGGGCCAAAAGUCCUGAGACCCAACCGUUGUUGAGUUCCGGGCACAACAACAUGAGUAACAAGGGCAACAUGAGGCUACCGCAGGCGGCGAUGAGCGAGAUGAGGGUAUGAUACAUUCCAUCGACCUGAACACACAUGACUAUUCGUCCGAAACAUUAAAACUAAGUGCGAUACUCAUUAAUUUAAUUAUAUAUUUAUUGGCCUAUGAUAAAGGCCUCAACACUAAUUGUAAAUACUACGAAAUUUAUUAUAAAUGUUUAAGUGUAUAAGUGUAAAGUCUCGAGUUCAUUACGUUUAUUUCUUCGAGUGGGUUCAAGUGGUAGGUUGAGGACCAAUAUAAUCGACUUAGAGAUAAACGCUGAAUAUUUUAACAUUUCAGUUAAACUUACAUUGAUAUUGAUCACUUUUGUUUCGAAACAUCCAUCGCUUUUAAGGGACUUUUAUGGGACUGACGAUGUGUUUUCAAGCAGUGGAUCUGUGCCGAAACAAUCAGAACAUGGUAUACGAUUGCAAAAACUAUUUGCUACUCCUGCGACUUGUUUUAAUUAAAUUUUACUUGGCCCGGUGGUGCUGGGACGCUUGAAAUGCAAACCUCGACCUGUUUGUUUAUUUUGAAGAGGAAACUUAAAACGAGAGUGGACUUAAAAAUUAUCUGUUGAAGUGACUGGUUGAGGAGUUAAGCAGGAUUCACUGUUUGCAAAUAUGCGAAGAAGAGGGACUAAGAUAAAUACUGCCAAUAUACUAGCAUACAAUUUUUGUACUUCUCCCCCAAUUUUAUAACCUGUGCCAAAUAUUAUUGUGCGCCAAACACUAUUUUUAUUUCAGGACAGCUAAAACGCCCAGUGUUUUAAAAAUCAAGUGGACAAUCUAAAAAAAACUACAAUUAAACAGAUACAAAUGUGUAGUAAGUUUCAAAUUUCAACGAAAACUAGUAGAAACGAGUUAGUGAAAUUAUUAAAAAGCAACUUUUAGACAAUGUAUAUAUUAAUCCACACAAUUUUUCUUGGAAAUUUGAAACUGUAUCGUCUAAAGGAAACAAACUGACGAAAUUGUACUUAUUUUGUAAAUAAAGCAACAUCGGUGUAAUUUCCUUGACCUGUUACGAAAAAUGUU